AUGGCCGACCCUCGACCUUCGGCAAAACGUCGCUGGAGGCCCCGGACCGUAGACAGACGCAGACUCUUCAACAGCUCGAAAGAGUGCCUGACUGGUAUUGAGAUUGUCGUCAGGGUCCCUCGGGAUGGCUACCAAGUCCAGCCCCAGGGUGCCACCGUGACUCUGAAUGCGUACUUUUCGAAGAUUCUCGGCGACUCCUACAUCUCCAAAGACACUCUUGACUUGUUUGGCUUGGGUUACCGGACUGAUUCGCUCCCCAAACGUCGCCUUAACCCAUGGGGUGGUGUCUUCAAGCCUAUCGGGUACGUUGAACUCUAUGUGCGACAGCCUUCUGACAACGCUGCCGCCCCCUUCAAGCUUAUCACCUUCCACGUGCUCGAGGGAUCACCGAGCCAAGACGGCCUUGAUCUCGUGAUCGGCGAAUCAGGUUGCAAUCCGGUUCUCGGCGAUGGCUUCAACUUCACCCAGUUCAACGAGAACGCCCAGAGGGAACUAUUAUACGAGCGCAUCAACAGCAGAUGGAGUGGGCUGAGGGAGUACUAUGAAGAGGACAUGGAGAUGGACUAGAGCGAGGCUCGAGAUAUCUUCAGGUCACAAUCACCAGUUGACCCCCACAAGAAACAUGAGGGAAUGAAACUGGGAAUUUCUUUUGCACGCUCGCUUCGGCUCCCUGGGCUUUUAUUCAUUUCCUGAUGUCUCUUGUUUUCGUCCCUCAUUUCUCGACAUGACUUAUAACCAAAGCCACGAUAGCUACCUCUGUACUCGCACUUUGUAACGAGCCUUCUCCUACUCAACUGGGGAGGGCCGGUGAUGACUGAAGACUCAAUAUAUUCCUUUGUUUACGUUCUCAAUAUCUUUCCUAUUUUUCGGGCGACUAAGGUCGGUACAUGAUCAUGUAGCGCUGGCACAAUAGCGCAGAGCUCUCAGCUAUCAUUCUUUUCUUUUCUGUUCGCCUUUUUGGUUUCGGUGUUGUUGUUAUUCCGGUGUGAUCCUUUCGUCGGUCGUUUAUAUCUAGAUAUCAUAUACACUAAAGCAGCAAGAAUGGCACUUAAAUUGUUGGGG